AUGGAUUUAAUAGAACUAAGAGCUGAAAAAUGCCUAACUACACAACCAUUUAGACCACCCAAAACAGACAACAUUGAUACAGAAAAUGAUAAAAAGGGUACAAUAGUGUAUAAUAAAAUCAAAACCAAAACUGAACUAGCUUCUAUAGAAACUUCUCCAGUAGUACUAUCUCCAUUUUCAAAAGUUUUUGGU